UACUCACUCUUCCACCUCGAGCCCCCCUCAAUGGCUCCUUCGUCGGGAGAUCUGUCUACUGUUCGUUCAUCCACACCCUACUCGACGACGAAGCGAGCGAUAGCACCCGAUCAUUCUAUCGAGCGCCCCGAUAGGCGAGCUCAUCUAGGUCCUCGUUCUUACUCUACGUUACACGGCGCGACAGACUCCUAGACACACCAUUGCCACUGCCUAUCCGCUCGACUUCGUCCUUCCAGUCGCAAAACACUCAAUCAUUGGAUGCUCAUAUGAGCGAGAACACAGACUGUAGCCGUCCAGCCGACCCCUAGCAGCUUGUACACGAUCUAUCCGACAUGACGUCUGAUGACGGUCAAGGGCUUGUACCUGCACCUAAGAAGUGGAAAGGCAAGGGUAAGGAAAAGGCCUGCCCACUUCUACCGGAUGAGGUGUGGAGAAGAGUCUUUGAGAUCCUCUAUGAUUCCUACCACCAAGACUGGCAACAUGAAAUCCCCCUCACCACCUCGCUUAGCCCCCUUUUGAUAUGCAAAGAUCUCAACAAAAUCGCUCUCUCAGUCCUUUAUGCGCACCCUCACAUCCAGUAUGGCGCCAUCCCAAGCUUUAUCACUUCCAUUUCCUCCCCUAACGAGAGCUCGAACACGCGUCGGUCCUACGUACACGAUAUCACCUUAAACCCCUCACCCACAUUCUACGAGCUAUGUACCGGAAAGGCUCCAGGCAUCCAUCCUAGCUUGGACACCUUACUGCCUCUUCUUCCAACCUCACUCAAUUCAAUCACGCUCAAAGAGAUUUUGAUCACCAGGCCAUCCAGCGCUCAAUAUCUCUUCGAUGCGUUGGCUCUCGUCAGACCUCGAAAGGCUCGUUUGGAAAUUCGCCUAUGGGAUCUGAGCAGAUCUCCAAUCGGUCGAGAUCUUUACACCCUUUCGAAAACAGGUCCAUACCGCGCCAACCUCCGAGGAUGUCCCCGGAACGAUGCCCAAGAAUGGGAGAUCAACGGACCAAAUGGCGAGACUCCGCAAGCUACAGAUGUGAAGUGGUUUCAGGAUAAUUGGCUGAGGGCGAUGAACAGCAAUCAAGAGCUUGAGAUCCGCAUCGGGCUGUUGGACGAUGACAGAGAAGCUUGGGCUCAACAGCAGGCUCAAGUCGCAGCUAAUGCGGCAGCCCAACGGCAGCUCUUACAGGCUGACAGAGAUCGAAUGCUAGCAGGAGCAGCAAACGCGAUGGGGGGACUACCUCCUAGAUUCGGCCGAGGUAGAGAGCCCCCAGCCUUUCCUCCUGGUGCGAACAGUCCACAUAAUCCCCCUGGCACCGAAGGCGCCCGGCCUACAGCCGAAUCUGGGAUUUCUCCGGCGUCCUCGAGUAUUCAGUCUGCCAGCUUCACUCGGACCCCGACGUCUUCUCAGCCGGCAGCAGAUGUCAUGAGGGCUUCAUCCGGCGCAGAUGGCUCUGCUGUCAACAUCGAAGACGGCUCUGAUCGGCUGCUUGGCGCGGGCUACCAGUCAGGCUCCGCGAAUGCCUCUGAAGAGGACGCUACUGAGGUUGCUGGACAUCGAAGGGAAUCGCCUGAAACGCAAACCACUGCAACAGCACCAAACACCGUCGCGAGCGGCGCAGCUUCAACAGUUCAAGGUCAUCCCAAUGUGUCUGCGGUACCGGGUAGUGAGACAGUCCGUCCGUCUAGGACAUCUCGCUCAUGGUCACCUAUCGGAUACCCCGUCCGGCCUGAAGACAAAGACAGGACUUCCGAUCCCAAAGCCUGGCUGGAGAGGUUCAGCAAGCGUAUCGAGGAUGACGGUCGAGCUCCUCCGGGAUUUAGGUGGAUUCCGAAAGGCGAAAGGCCACCAGCCGAGGAACCUCGUCCACCUGUGACUUGGUUCAUCACCCCAGAAGCGGAGAAGGGUGAGGAGGCCCAAGCUACACAACCGUACAAGGCGACGCUGGGAGAGUCAAAGGAGGAUCCCCCUACGAAUGGCAUUCUUCGCGGAAAGGACUGCGGGGAGUCACUACCAGGAUCCUCCCAGGCCGCAGAAUCCGAGCGAGAGCCAAGACUUGGAGAUACUGCAUCGACUCGACAAUCUGAUGACAUUCAAGCAGCAUUCAACGGCUCCGCGAUGCGGCAAGCCACCGGCGAGGCUACCGAAGAUGUACCUGGCGAUAGCCUCGAUGAUGGCACCUCGAAUCUGUUGGCUUCUGCAACAUCCUCAUCCACAGUGCCUCCGCCCAAUCCUGUCUCUAGUAUGGGUACCACCGUCCCUGGUCCUGGACUAGUUCCUGCUCCCCAGGGUACCAUCGCUAAUCCUGGUCGGUUGCCACCUCAUCUUGCCGUCCAUGCCCCGCGUGCCAAGGAUCUGCCUCAUAUCAUCAGAGACGCUCUUUACCAAUUGUUGGAAUCGCACUGGAUGCCACACCUCCAGGCACUGUCUUUGGUCGCGCUUGAUCCAAUGGCGUCGAUCGUUGCGACCGCGCCUCGACUGGACUUCUGGAACCGCGUCGCUGUACCGAGAAUUCGGGUUCAUCUACCUCGAGGCAUCAACUCGCUUGCCGUUUUCAAAGGGUCAAAAGAGGUGCUACGUGAGCGGCGAAGUAGGGAUCGCCUCGAUGCGCCGCAGAACCAGGCUCCGCUUCCCGUUGUGCCUGCGGGAUUGAGGCCUCAACAACAACCUCAAGAAGAAACACCGGAUACUACAAAUGAUCACUUGAUUGUCGGGGGCGAUGGUCAGGGAGGCGGUCUCAUUCACGAGUCGAACCGACUCUUUGAGAUCGAAGUCAACAGUCAAGAUGAGAUGGACGACUUGUCGUGGAUCCAUGCUGGGGAUCAGUUGCCACCACAGGCAUGCAGGAUUCUGGCGGGGGUGCACGAUUGGAACGACGUGCCUGUCGGUCAGUCGAGGUGACUGCAACAAAAUUCUUGAUGAUGACUGAUCCUCUUUGCAGUCUUUCACGAGCCUUCUCCAGGCUGUGACCGCGAAUCUUCGCUGGAACCUGGAUCCGCUGACACGUCGCAGUUCGCAUCGCCUACAUUCUCCUGGGCAGAGGAUUCAAAUGAGGAUGCAAUGAGCGAGGCCAAUCUCGAUAUGAUGAAUCACGCUGGAUCAACGUAUGAUGCAGAAGCUGCGAGAGCGCAGCUCAACAGACGAUUGACCAGGUUGAGAGAGGAGACUACGGCCGAGGAUCGGGAUGAGGAGUUGGAGUGAGAGCAAUGUUGGGAGAGCCCAAGUUGGGCCUGUAAGAAUCACGAUUUGACGACCCCGUUACGAUGUUCCUCCAAAGAUCACAGCCUAUAAUUCUAAAAUGUCAGUCAUACGUGACUGGAAGCUGUGGCUUGACUUACAGGUCCUGAACACUUAAUGUGUAUGCAAACCCAUUGUACAUGUCU